CCGUGGUUCCGGUCGCAUCUCUUCCGGUCGAGAAACGCAGUUGUAGGCUGUUAGCGUUUUCAGUGAAGGUCGUGAGUCCAACUGUGAUCCAUCAUGUCUCUAGCAAAGCCAGUGAUGAGGGGGCUGCUUGCAAAGCGCCUGAGGUUUCACCUGUCUGUUGCCGUCGUUCUGGCUCUGUCAGUCGCAGGCACCUUCAAGUUUGCAGUGGCUGAGCCCAGGAAAAAGGCCUACGCCGAAUUCUACAAGCAUUUCGACAGCACCAAAGAGUUCAACGCCAUGAGGGAAGCCGGCAUCUUUGAGAGCGUGCGGCCCUCUGGGGAGUAAAGCUGCGCUCUUCCUCCCUGUCGGUUCAUUCCUGAUCUGAGGAUGAAGUUCCUUGUUGCCCACUUGGAUGUUAUUUACUGGUUGGAUGUGAACAUCGCUAUGCUGUUUUGUUCCUCUAAAUAAAAUAUUCUAUUAAUA